GAGAGAGAGAUCUAUAUAAGAAUUGGACAAUAACUACAUUUGACAAGGCCUGUGCAGCUUCCCUCUUUUCUCCAUCCAUGGCCUCUUCUGCCAAAUCUUUACCACUCCUCUUCCUCCUCCUCGCUCUGUUAUCUUCUCAGAUCAGCCAUGCCAGAGACAGCCAGUUCUUCAGCAAAAUCCCCGCCGCCACCACCAACCCAACUGCCAAAGAGUCAGUAGUUGAAGUGAACCCCAACAGACAGCAAGAACCAACCUUCAUCCCAGCAGACACCCAAAACUCCUACGGCCACGAAUCCGGCCAGCUCUCCCCAACCACCACCUCCGCCGCCGCCACAACCACCACCACUUCUGAACCCUACACCGCCGCCAACGACCUCCCCUUCGAAACCCAAUUUCAAGAGCCCUACAGUUACUACAACAAGCACGCGUAUGUCACCAAACCGCAAGGCUACGUCCCCACAACCCACUUCUUCAACACUCAUCCGCAGAACGGCGGCUACACCGCCCGCACCACCGCCUCCUACAACAACUACUACAAUUCUCAGCUGGGUAUGAGCGACACGAGGUUUCUAGAGAAUGGCAAGUAUUACUACGACCCUAAAAGCGAGUACAGUAACAAGGGCUAUUAUGGGAACCCUGAGAAUUCAUACGAGGACAGAAAGUGGGGAAUGGGAGGCUCAAGCAACGGGCCGUUCUCACAGGGAGGUUUUGAGCCGUGAGCUUUCCAGUUUCUGCACAAUCUCAGUGAUGCUCGGAGUUUGCAUGGUUAUGGGAUUUUUAGUAGGGAAAAAGUUACUUAAUGUUGGUAAUUAAGUAUAACUACAGUAAUUAUUAUAUAUGGGGGGUUGCUUUGUGUUUGUUUAUUGGCAUAGUUUUUUCAUCAAGAACUUGGUUAUGAGAUCUUAAAUAUUCCUACGUUAA